GGCAACUUCAACAACAUGGAAACCUUUGGCCACCACUCAUUUUUCUGUUGCAUCCCUCUCUUGGAGGCAGCGGUAUCAUCACAAUCCUCCCAUUCUGGUGACACACUCUUCCUCUCACACUCUUCCUCUAAUAAAAAUAGCUAGCUAGAAGAUGGGCAAGCAAAGCAAGAACAAGGCACCAAAGACUGCAGCAGCUCCUGCUAAACCAGGCAAAGGAGCAGCUCCAGCCACUGCUACCAAGACUAAGGGUCCUCCCUUUACCAUUAGCGUUUCGGAAUAUCACGAUUUGGUGGAACAAGUGCGUGGGUUGACGUUGGAAGAGAUUCAAGAAGAAUGGAUUUUGGCGGCUCGCUAUGGAGAUUUGGAUGUGAUGCAUGCCAUUAUGACGGCGAGUCAACACUACCAGCACAAUCCUUCUCAAGUCAUUCACGCCCAAGACGACUCUACUGGCAACGCCGCGUUACACAUGGCCGCCGCCAAUGGACACACAUCCGUCGUCGCCUUGUUGUUGGAUUUGACUGCUUUGACUGCUAAGGAUACAGUAGUAGUUGUGAAUCAUUCCGGCAAUACACCACUUCAUUGGGCGGCCGCCAAUGGACAAGAACAUACCGUCCAACUGCUCGUCCAACGAUUGCCCGAUUUGGACGUGUUGCAAAAAAACAAAUUUGGACGAUCGGCACUCACCGAAGGAUUCUCCUCUCAAAAUACCAAUGUCGUCAAGUAUCUAUUGGAACAUGAUUCGGCGGCCGAAGAAAAAUUAUUGAUGGGUGCAACACCCGUCGAAGAAGAUGAAGAAGAAGAAAAGGAAAAUGCCGCAAAGCAAGAGACACCGAAACAAUCACAACCACAAACACAAGAAGGAAUGAUACACGAAUUCCACUUUCUUGUUCCACCCGACCAUAACAACAAUAACAAUCAUCAGAAUUAUUUAAAAAUUCGAGAAUUGCCCAUUCCCGCCACCCAAGAUUGUUUUGGGGAUCGACCCGAACUGGAUACUACGGGAUAUGGAAUUUGGGCCGCAUCCAUUGUCAUGGCACGAUGGAUGGCCCAACAAAUGGCACCCAAAUUCAAAGGCAAGCGAUUGUUGGAAUUGGGAGCUGGUUGUGGCGUUCCUGGAUUGGCAGCGGCGUUUUAUAGUGACGCUACCAAAGUCUUUUUGACAGAUGUAAAUCCCACCACCCUUGACAAUCUACACUACAACAUUGCACUCAACAACAACAACCAUGAUGAUAAUUCUACACAAAAACAACAACAACCUGCCUCCUGGAACGACAGACUCCAUGCCAUGCCCAUUAAUUGGGAAGAUCCCAACACGUGGCCCAAAGAAAAAAUCGACUACAUUAUUGGAUCCGACCUAAUUUACCAAGAAAGCAUUGUUCCCAUUCUCAAAACUGUCAUUCUGGGACUUUGUCAAGGACAAGGAACGUUUCUCUACGUCGCACCCGACACGGCGUCCGAAAUUGGACGAGAUGGAUUGGCCGAAUUCAUUCAAGAAAUGAAAGAGACGGACGGAUGCGAGCUCAUCCGAGAGGAAAUGGCUCCGAAGGACUAUCAUGCCAAUCCACUCGCCAACCAAGAUGAUGAUCUCUUCUUUUUGCACUUUCAUGAAUUGACGUCGGCGUCCUAUCGACUGUACGAGUUUCAAAUAAAUACUACUACAAGUACUACUACAAGUACAACAACGACUGGUGGUGCCGAGUAAGAUAGAAAACCAACUUGAUCUACAGUCGUACUUGGCAAUUGAUGAACAAUAGAGAAAGUGUUUCAGUGGGUGGCAACGGGUAAAUACGUUUCUUUUAGUACAUACAGUCUAGAUUUAGCUAGCUAGCUGGGUUGGUUUUUGCGUCAUC